AUGAACAAUCGCAUACCGGACAUGCUUGACCAUGACGAGUUUCCUUACUGCAUCUGGCAUCCAAGCACGCCCAGCCAAGACACUUGCCGAGCGGUCUUACAACAAUACCCGCAAAUGGUUUACCAGAUUGGCCGUGUCUGCGCGAUAGCUGGCUACACUGACCUCUAUCACUCACUUGCCCUUCUUCCAGAAGCUCAUAUCGCUGGAGAAGCACGCGAUAGCGACAAUCCGGACAUCUAUAACGCAAUCACUUCCCAGCCGGUAAAGUAUGCUGUCUUCAACGACUACACGCGAGCCUACACACCAUGCUCUCCACGCCCUUCUCUCAUCAAUGGAGACAUGUGUGUACGCUCUAUGCUUGAGGUCAAGCAGCGAUACACCCCGCCCUGGCCCGUUAAAUCCAACGCGUCAUCUUGGUACCGACGUGAUGGCUUCAGAGAGCGCUAUUUUGAUAUCACAGAAGACAUGUCCAUCGACACUUACAGCGUAAGCGCUGUAAAGACCAACCAGUCCAUUGUGGUCCCCCUGCUGUACAAUCCGCUCCCCGCCGAUCUACCCACGGUGCAAAAAGACCUCCUAAUCCUCAUGGCCGCUGUACAAGGCAACAUCGAUCGGUACGCGCGCCUACAUCGACCACUCCUUAUACAGCAAGAAGGCCCCUGCCUUGUCUGCGGCAUCUACCAUCACCCUCUCUUCGCAAAGUGGGUGGCGCAGCAGCUCGACGCUGGUGACUCGCUCUUCGACACGCUGCGGGUGAAGAAAGCGCUUCAUGCACGAUUCGUCGUGAGCAACAAUCUCGAGCGCAUUACUGUAGAUACGAAAAGAUAUGAGCUGCCGUACUUGAUAUGGUAUCCGCAAUUUGCGGUGCCGGAGACGUACAUCGAACUCGCGACGAGGCGGCCGGAUAUGCGUGUACAAGUUGCGCGAGCUUACGUUGUAGCAGACUACUCGGAUGCGUAUUGCGAGAUUGGGGCGCCAUGGGACAGGGCACUUGCGAGGGAGGCCGAAGGGAGUUUCAACUCUCUCUACGCAGAGGAUAUGAGGAAGAAAGCUGAGGCUGCGGGUGUGAAGUACGAAGGCUACGACUACAGGGAAGACAAAAAAAGGAUUUGUCGAGCCCUGGAAACUCUUCACCGUCAAGAGUAA